UGAUUUAAAUUUUAUUCGAGAAACACUGUCUACAAAUAAUUUUCUGACAAAUUCACAUCUGUCUUGUGGUUAAAAAUAAAACAGGAACCGGUAGUGCGGGUGGUAGGUGAUAUUCUCAGUUUUGCUUUCCUAUGGCAGCAGAUCAUUCGGGGACGACAAUGCGUCCAGAAGAGGUCGCAUCGGCCGGCGGCAGCAGAACCAUCACCGAAACCCUUACACAGGAGCAAAUUCCAGGCACUAGCAGUCAGGACCCUCCUGUACUACGUCUACGGUUACAGAAGCCCCAAUCAUCCAAAAAAGUGCAAUGGACCAAUGGUACGGUAGAUAACGAGCACAUGAAUAGGAAGAAAUCCAAAUGUUGUUGUAUCUAUGUCAAACCACGAGAAUUCGGCGAAAGUUCAUCCGAAAGCGAAGACGAUUGUGAGCAUUGUUUCGGCCAUGUAGAAAUAAAGAAAAAGCAUAAACCAAAACCGGAUUCAGACUCCGAUGCAGUCGAUUCCGGUGGUGGGCCAUCAAAGGAUCCAUCAUCAAAUGAUAAUAAUGGGGAUAGAUCUGAUGACCAAAAGGACAGUGAGUCGAGUCCGUCGUAAUGUGAUUAUAAAUAGAUGUUUUUAUUUAGAGGAUUAGACAAAGUAUUCAGUACCUUUUUUGUAAAACUUACAAUUUCCCAAUCCGUUUGGGUUUUUAAUAAAUA